AUGGAGAAUAAAUUCCAUUUUGGUUUGAAAUGCGUAGUUAUUGGACAGACAAUAGAUUUAAUGAAGCGUUUCGUUGAAUCAGUUCCUGGUGUUGAAGUUGAUCCAGCCGAAACUUUCAGAUUCUUAAAAGUUUAUACAUUUCCACUGUACGUUUCUGACAGUUUAAUUCUUAGAAUAGAUUUAUGGGCACUUCCAGAUGAUGUCCGCCAAAGAGGUGAUGCUCAGCUCCUCUGCUGCGAUGCUUCUAUUGUAUUUUACGUUGCAGAAACAGAAAAUGAUCUUCUUUCAAUUUUAUCGGUUUAUCAUAGAGAUAUUCGUGCUGUUAAUGCACAAUGCAAAUAUAUCGCAUGCGGAAAUCUUUCAGAAGAUUCUCUUGCUGCUUUAGGAAAGGCUAGCGGCUUUACAAUUCAACAUAUCGAAAAUAUGGAACCAAGCCAAAUAGCAUUUGUUUUCAAAGGAGCUAUUGCUUCAGUUAUUAGUGAAAUUCCAAACCCACCUGAUCCAGUAUUUAUGUUACACAAAAAUAUUAAACUUGGUUCACUUCUUCUCGACGAUCCAUCUUAUCGCCGUGCAUUAAGACCAAGUUUCCCUCAAUAA